UCGGACUCCUGGGUCCUGCGGUACACAGCCAUGGCGUACUCCACGGUGCAGAGAGUGGCGCUGGCCUCGGGGCUCGUCCUGGCCGUGUCGCUGCUGCUGCCCAAGGCCUUCUUAUCCCGCGGGAAGCGACCGGAGCCGCCGCCGGGCCCGGAAGGAAAAUUGGGCCGAUUUCCACCUAUGAUGCAUCACCACUCGGCACCCUCAGAUGGUCAGACACCAGGGGCUCGUUUCCAGAGGUCUCACCUUGCAGAGGCCUUUGCGAAGGCCAAGGGAGCAGGUGGAGGUGCUGCAGGAGGGGGUAGUGGAAGAGGACUGAUGGGACAGAUCAUUCCAAUCUAUGGCUUUGGGAUCUUUUUGUACAUACUGUACAUUUUGUUUAAGCUUUCAAAGGGGAAAACUGCAGAGGAUCGGAACUGCUCCACUGCCCCACCUGGAAACGCCCACAGGAAGAUUACCAACUUUGAGCUUGUUCAACUACAAGAAAAACUAAAAGAGACAGAAGAAGCCAUGGAAAAAUUAAUCAACAGAGUUGGACCUAAUGGUGAGAGUAGAGCACAGGCUGUGACUUCUGACCAGGAGAAACGAUUACUGCAUCAGCUCCGAGAAAUCACCAGGGUCAUGAAAGAAGGCAAGUUCAUCGACACAUCUCCAGAGAAGGAAGCUGAGGAAGCCCCGUACAUGGAGGACUGGGAAGGUUACCCAGAAGAGACUUAUCCAAUAUAUGACCUUUCGGAUGGUAUCAAGCGUAGGCAAGAAACAAUCCUGGUGGAUUACCCUGACCUAAAAGAGCCCUCUGCUGAAGAAAUUGCGGAACAAAUGGGAGAGGUAGAAGAGGAAGGAUCAGAGCGUUUGAGCUGGGAUCAUUUGCCCACUGACCCUGGAGCCCAGAAAGAUAAUUCUGUUGCCCCGUGUGAUCCCAAACCAGAAUCGUGCUCCUGCUGUGUUCAUGAAGAGGAGGAUCCUGCUGUCUUGGCAGAGAAUGCUGGUUUCAGUGCAGAUGGCUACAGUGAGCAAGAGGAAGCCACCAAGGAAAACUUGCCCCAGGACUUUACAUAUGAAGUGCUGGGAGUGAGCACUGAUAAUGCACACAUGGCUGGCAUGUUGAGGAAGCGCAACCCCCAGGGUUUUGAGUGAAAGCAGCCUGCUUGGGAAAGUAUCCAUUAUUCUGUUCCCAUGGCACCUUUCCUCAAUUUCAUCCAUGGCAUUGUGCCCUCUGCAUCCUCUGUGUUCAAUACCAUAGCUCUUGGGCCACUACCAUGGAUACAGUUAAUCCUUCCUGGUGCUUGCACACCUGUCACUUUGUAAAGUAGCCAGUAGUGUGAACACGGGACAGAAUCACCUUCCAAUUCUUGCGCUUCCCUAUCAGAGACACUAAUCCAUUCAGUAAUUGUAUUUGGUUGUUUGUGCUUGCAGGUGGUACCACCUAGGCAAACGUCUGACCCCUCCUCAUAGGAGCAACAGAUGAUUUACCUGUGAAUGAUUUAUUGAAUGGAUUUGUUAGGAUAGGAUGACUGUGAAUGAGAACUGGGUUAGCUGAUAUUGAGGACUUAAGUUUUAAGAAUGAAGAUUUUAGAUUCCCAAAUGCCUUAUUCUUCAGGCCUUCAGCUGGUUAGUGGUCCCUGAGAAGAGCAUGCUCAAUUCUGAGCCUAGGGGCCCAGAGCACAGCAAGAUAUCUGAUUGAGCUGCAGUCUCUCCUCACAGCCUUCUAAGAUGCCCUGACUCCUCCAGAGCAGCAGGCCAUGAACUCACAGGCCUAUUUGGAGACCAUUUUGCUUGUAUAUUCCCUCGAUCCCUAGCUUCCUUUGUCUUCAUUCUGUUGAACAGAACUGCCAAAUAUAGAUGUAACUUUGAAUGUCUUCUGUGGCUAGAGGGAAUUUGAGGCAUCAAUUUGUGUCCCACAGAGCUGAAGCUUGAGGCUGUUGAAGCUACAGGACUGCUUAAGUAUGGUGGUCCUUCCAUGAGGAGCUCAGGUAGCCAGGAAACCCUGAGAAUUCUAACAAGGGUGUGUCAGUUCAGUUACAUGAAUUGAAAGCUGAAAGGCUGUGCAUCUCCAACAACAUUCCGAGUCAUGAAAUGGGAGACUCAAAAUGUAAGGAAUUCUGUGAAGCUGGGUAGUCUUUAGAGUUCUAUUGUACCUGGCGUGUCUGUGAUGCCAGAAGAUAGCUUGCACCACUCAGGAGCGUACUGCCCUGGCUGUCAUCAGGUCUGAGACCACACUAAGACACUGUCAGCUACUAGAAAGCUUUACAUGUUAACGGGACUAGAAAAACACAAACGCUGCACUGUACCAAUCCCUGUGUAGAAUGUUUGAUUAAAAUUGUGCAGAAUGUAGUUGAACAUGUACUGAAGAUGGUCUUGACAUAACUAAGUGUAAAAAACAACGUAGAUAAUCUUGUUUGAGCAGAUUGUUUUCUGGAUGGUUCUGGCGUCCACCAUGAGAAGUUGAUUUAAGAUAGCCCCCUAUCACUGGUUCUAAUUUUGUUCAUAGGAUAUAAUUCUGUUAUUAGAUAAGAACUUGUUUCCUUCUCAUUCAUUUGUUGGACAGCUGCCCUGUGCUAAGUACUAAGUGUCUGUGCAUAGCCCAAUGCCCCAACUAAGAAGACUGAAUUUGUACCUUUAAGAAUUUCAGUUUAAUGUGCGAAUCUAACAGAUGCACUAUGGACCAUAGGAAGGCUAGAGAUUGUGAAUUCUUCAGACAGAUUUCCCUGCAAUUCAGACUGUGGAAUUCUGGAUUGGCUCCUUAAGCAUUCCAAGCCUGGUUGGGCAUCUAUAAAGUGUGAGGGUAGUAAAAACACAGGUCUUACAGGGCUGUAAGCUGCAGAUGAGGUAGUCAAUGCACAUAGGGCAGCAUGCUUAUGUUGUUAGCUCAUGCAUAACAACAUAUCAUGUGGUAGCUGUUUUAUUAAUUAUAGAGUGGACCCUAAACUGUAGGAGCACAGAAGAAAAAGAAUGUUUUUGCCAAAGUACCAAAAAAAUCUCAGAGACACCUUGUGGCAAGCUAAGAACAUGGCAAGAAGAGGAAGGACAUUUAGGCAGAAAAAGUAGGUUAGCAAGAACAGUGUGGUUGGUGUAUAGAUGGAUAAUCAGGUUUAGCGCCAACUCUGUCAUUGGGGAUUAUCUAUGGAAACAAUUCCUGCCAAAAGGACCAAUCCUUCAUGGUUCUUGCCACUCUAGAUGUUAGUCUGCAUAUAGGAAUAUAUUUGUUUGUAUAUACCAGAAACUUUGAAGUAAUUUGGAAUAUAGGCAUUUUUCCCAGAAUUUUAUCUUUUAGAUAUGAUUUUACAUGUAUAUUUAAUCCAGGUUGACCAAAAUCAAGGGGCUUGAUUUCAUUGUAUGAUCUUCAUUUCUCAGUAUUAAGGGCUUCAUCAAGGCCUUACCAUUAGGUCUCCAGUGACCUAUGGGGCACCAUAGCAGUAAUUGGCCUAAGAAGCCACUGUACAUCACCUAGGAGUGUGCUUGGUAAGUCAGGUGGGUGAUCAGCCAGAAGACCCCUUAACACGGCUAUGGAACAAAAGACUGUGUGCCUCAUUAUCUCAAGGCAUGGGCCUGGGAGGUAUGCUGAAGAGUGGAGAUGGAUUCAGCCUCUAGAAAUAAUGGCUUGUGAGAAUUAUGUUCUUUGUAUUUAGACUUAAGUAAUAAUGGCCUUCACUCAGACACUCUGGAAAGAGGAACCUAAUACUCACAGCAUAAUUAAACGUUCUCAUUGUAUGGAAGGUAACAAUGCAGGAGGAGCAUGUAGUUGAGGGCAGUCCUUCAGGGCAGCAGGAGCCAGAGAGCAGGCUCACAGGGAGCAGAGAUGAAUGAUACAUAGCACUUGGCUUGUUUUGCCCCUCUUAUUCAGUCUGGGACCCCAGCCAAAGGGAUGAUACUAUCCAUAGUAAGGAUGGGUCUUCCUCCUCAACUAACUUUCUUGUAAACACCUUCAUAGACAAGUAUGUUUCCAUGGUGAUUCUAAGCCCCUUAAGUUGGCAAUCAAGAGCAAACACCAGAGGUAAUAGGUAUAAAACAAGAUUUUCCUCUGCAUGUGUUCUACACAAUUGAGGAUUUUUCUUAAACUUGAUGACUAAACAAACAAAAUCUCUUCCCCUUGUAGAACACCCUGUAUAUGGUCUUCACAAAUGCAGUCACUACAGGAACCAGGCCAUGUUCACGUUGGGAAUGCUUUUGACUCACAUCAAAAACACUUAGCUGAGUAGAUAAAUGAACCCUAAUUAUAGACCUGCUCUUAAAUUCUUUUUAUUUAGACAAUUUGUAUCUGCAAAGAGCAUUUCAUAUGUCACCUAUUGGGCAGUGAUCAGGAAGGAUACCUAACCAACUAUUCUGUAACCUCCUUAACCAUUAGCAUGUCUAAAACACUUUGUAGUAUCAAAAAACCAGGCCAUUCCUUCACUUCAAAGGGUACCACUUUCCUUAUGGAUGGACCAGGAAUCACGUCCUCCUUACAGGACUGUUUAUGGAAGCUGCCAGAGUGAAGUGUGCAAUGGUAGGUGCUUAUUAGCACAUCACUGUCUUGAAUCUCAUGCUGCUGGACUACCCAACUUGAUAACUCUAUGGCCACUCUGCAUGCCAAGAAUGGCCCAGAGUCACUCUGGAGUUCUUGUGACUUUGUGAUGACUCCCUUUUUAGAACAACAAUAGGCUUUCAUCAUGUUGGCCUCAAAUCCACCACAGACUGAAAAAGGGUUCCCACUAUGUAAGAGUCCUGUUUAAAUAGACCCAGCUCCAAGCAAGGCCUGCAGUCAUGUGGCUGGGCCUUUCCCACCCUUCAGUACUACAGCCCAGUUCUGUCACAAGGGCCAUGUCCACCAAGCAUACUUAAGAACUGUCAGCCAGUUCCUUAAGUGUCCAGAUGACCUGAUGUAUCCUCUAACCCUGUUUUCCCCAUGCUAUAGAUGUGGUUUCACAGGGGAAGGCAGUGUGGGUCUGUACGUCACUGGUUCCAAACGUGC